CUGAUUUUUUUUCACCUCGCUCUCGCUUUCUCUCUCUUUCUCUCUCCUCCAUCGCAUUUUAUUUUAUCCCCCCUCCCCACCUUAUUUUGCAAGCCGAGGCUGUAAGUUGUUGGGCGUGUGUGGAUUGUGUUUUUUUUUUUUUAACGAACAAGACCAUGAAUAAGCUGUACAUCGGCAACCUCGGCGAGAGCGUGAGCCCGCUGGACCUGGAAAGUCUCUUUAAGGAGUCCAAGAUCCCUUUCAGCGGCCAGUUUCUGGUGAAGACGGGAUACGCGUUCGUCGACUGCCCCGAUGAGAACUGGGCUAUGAAGGCCAUCGAAGCACUUUCAGGUAAAGUGGAACUGCAUGGUAAACUCAUAGAAGUUGAACAUUCAGUCCCUAAAAGACAAAGGAGUCGGAAACUUCAGAUCAGAAAUAUCCCGCCUCACUUGCAAUGGGAGGUGCUGGAUAGUUUGUUAGCUCAAUAUGGAACAGUGGAGAACUGUGAGCAAGUGAACACUGACACAGAGACUGCAGUAGUAAAUGUAACAUACGCCAAUAAGGACCAGGCUAGACAAGCAAUAGAAAAACUAAACGGAUUCCAGCUUGAAAACUAUUCCUUGAAAGUUGCAUAUAUCCCAGAUGAAAUGGCAGCACAGCCACCUGCACAACAGCAUCCACAGGGGAGACGUGGAUUUGGACAGAGGGGUCCUCCGAGGCAAGGGUCACCUGGUGCAGCCACAAGGCAGAAACCGCAGUCGGAUGUUCCACUGAGAAUGCUGGUUCCCACGCAGUUUGUAGGAGCCAUUAUUGGGAAAGAAGGAGCAACUAUCAGAAAUAUCACAAAGCAGACACAGUCCAAAAUUGAUAUUCAUCGUAAAGAAAAUGCAGGUGCUGCUGAGAAACCAAUUACUAUUCACUCUACUCCUGAAGGCUGCUCGACAGCUUGUAAAAUUAUUAUGGAGAUCAUGCAAAAGGAAGCUCAAGAUACCAAAUUUACAGAAGAAAUUCCCUUGAAGAUAUUAGCACAUAACAAUUUUGUUGGCCGUCUUAUUGGCAAAGAAGGAAGAAACCUAAAGAAAAUUGAACAGGACACAGAUACUAAAAUCACAAUAUCUCCACUGCAGGACUUGACACUCUAUAACCCUGAACGGACCAUUACAGUUAAAGGCAGUAUUGAAACUUGUGCCAAGGCCGAGGAAGAAAUAAUGAAGAAAAUCAGGGAGUCCUAUGAAAAUGAUAUUGCUGCUAUGAAUCUUCAAGCACAUUUAAUUCCUGGAUUAAAUCUGAAUGCCUUGGGUCUGUUCCCACCUUCUUCUUCAGGAAUACCACCUCCCACAGUGGGUGUUGCCUCUGCUGCCGCUGCUACUUCAUAUCCACCAUUUGGGCAACAGCCCGAGUCUGAAACUGUUCAUCUGUUCAUCCCAGCCUUGGCGGUAGGAGCCAUUAUUGGCAAGCAAGGACAGCACAUCAAACAACUUUCUCGUUUUGCAGGCGCAUCUAUUAAGAUAGCUCCUGCUGAAGGACCAGAUGCCAAGCUCAGAAUGGUUAUCAUCACCGGGCCUCCGGAGGCUCAGUUCAAGGCUCAAGGGAGAAUCUAUGGAAAACUUAAAGAAGAAAAUUUCUUUGGACCUAAAGAAGAAGUGAAACUUGAGGCUCAUAUAAAAGUGCCAUCCUAUGCUGCUGGUAGAGUUAUUGGUAAAGGAGGCAAAACGGUAAAUGAGCUUCAGAAUUUAACAAGUGCAGAAGUUGUUGUCCCUCGUGACCAGACACCUGAUGAAAAUGAUCAGGUUGUUGUGAAAAUAACUGGCCAUUUCUAUGCAUGCCAGCUUGCCCAGAGAAAAAUUCAGGAAAUACUGGCUCAGGUAAGAAGGCAGCAGCAACAGCAAAAAACAGCGCAAAGUGGACAGCCUCAGCCAAGACGAAAAUAAAGGUUUAGGAAAUGGCCCAUCGGAGACAGAUGCCAGACCAAAGACAGACUGUGUAACAGACAGGUUUUGAACACCUGUUGGAGUUGUAUGCAGAAGCUUCACCAAGCCAGUCACCUGUUUGAGGACCAGGCAACCAUUGAAUGCUGUCUCUGAGAAUGUAUUCUUUAGGCUCUCUCAAACUUUUGAAACCCAGCUUUAAAAUAAGGACCCCUUCACUUCCCUUUUGUUCUAUUCUCACAAUUGAACAUAAACUUGUUAGUCUUUUUUAUUGUUCUUAUUAUUCCCCAGCAAUUUUAGAACUUGGUUUAAUGAAGCUUUCUCUUCUGAGUUCACUGGUUUAAAAAAAAAAAAAAAA